UCCCCUGCCGCUGGGUCGCUGCUGAUGCCGAGCGGCGGAACGGCUCGGCUCGCGCGUCUCUACGUACGGCCGCAUCCGCAGUCGCCGAGCUUCAACGGCAGAAGAAACCGGAGGGCAGCCCGAAGAAAUGCGAUGACGGCAGGUCCGAGCCGUUCCUCACCCUCCCGGCAGCUGUAACGUCGGCGGAGAACGCUCGUUUUGUCCGUCGGACGGACGGACGGGAGAAUGCGGCGGUUUGACCUUCAAGGCAUCACUUUGUGCGAGAUCUAAUCGUCAGCAGAAUGAUCGAGGAAGGCAGCAAACGAGGCAAGGCCAUGGUCGAGAAGAGGCAGCUCUUCAUGGAAAUGAGAGCACAAAACUUUGACGUUAUCAGAUUGUCAACCUAUCGGACUGCCUGCAAACUCCGGUUUGUGCAAAAGCGAUGCAACCUCCAUCUGGUGGACGUCUGGAACAUGAUCGAGGCUUUCCGAGACAACGGCCUCAACACGCUGGACCACAACGCCGAGAUCAGCGUGUCGCGGCUGGAGACGAUUCUGUCUUCCAUCUACUACCAGCUCAACAAGCGGCUGCCCACCACCCACCAGAUCAACGUGGAGCAGUCCAUUGGCCUGCUGCUGAACUUCAUGGUGGCCACCUAUGACAGUGAAAGUCAUGGGAAGCUGACCGUUUUCUCAAUGAAAGCCAUGCUGGCGACGAUGUGCGGAGGGAAGAUUGUGGACAAGCUGCGCUACGUGUUUUCACAGAUCUCAGACUCGAGCGGACUCAUGGUGUUCGCAAAGUUCGAUCAGUUCCUCAGGGAGGUGCUGAAGCUCCCCACAGCGGUGUUCGAGGGCCCGUCGUUCGGCUACACGGAGCAUUCGGUGCGGAUGUGCUUCCCUCAACAGAAGAAGAUUAUGUUGAACACGUUUCUGGACGUGUUGAUGGCAGAUCCUCCUCCUCAGUGUCUUGUAUGGUUGCCACUCAUGCACCGACUCGCUAAUGUUGAAAACGUCUUCCAUCCGGUGGAAUGUUCUUAUUGCCGGAGCGAGAGCAUGAUGGGCUUUCGGUACCGGUGCCAGCAGUGCCACGGCUACCAGCUUUGUCAGAGCUGCUUCUGGCGGGGCCACGCCAACGGCCCCCACAGCAACCAGCACCAAAUGAAGGAGCACUCGUCCUGGAAGUCUCCGGCCAAAAAGCUGAGCCAUGCGAUCAGCAAAUCUCUGGGCUGCGUCCCCAUCGGAGAGCCGCCGCACCCCGUGUUCCCCGAGCAGGCCGAGAGACCUCAGGAGCUCACCCAUACUGUUCAGCCGAAAGCAGCGACCAACAACAUGAAUGACACAAUGCUCAUGUCCUCUGGUGCACCCACUCCCACCAAAAGUGUUUUGGAGAGUCCCAGUCGGUUAGAUGAAGAGCACCGGCUCAUCGCCCGAUACGCUGCGCGCCUGGCAGCUGAGGCAGGCAACUCCACACAGCAGUGUCCUCCAACAGACCUGAGUUUCAACUUCGAUGCCAAUAAGCAACAGAGACAGCUGAUCGCAGAGCUGGAGAACAAAAACAGGGAGAUCUUGCAGGAAAUCCAGAGGCUUCGUUUGGAGCAUGAACAGGCCUCCCAGCCCACGCCAGAAAAAGCCCAGCAGAACCCCACGCUCCUGACCGAGCUGCGACUCCUCAGACACAGGAAGGACGAGCUGGAGAGGCGCAUGUCGGCCCUGCAGGAGAGCAGGCGGGAGCUGAUGGUCCAGCUGGAGGGUCUGAUGAGGCUGCUGAAGGAUGAGGAGCAGAAGCAGGCUUCCCAGUCCGGAGGCUCCCCUCAUUCUUCUCCUAGUCACGGUGCCGGCUGCUCCAUGCCCAUGCCCAUUCGCUCCACCUCGGCCGGGUCCACCCCGACUCACACACCGCAGGACUGCCUGGCAGGCGUGGGAGGAGACGUGCUGGAGGCCUUUGUUCAGGGAGUACCCAGAAACCUUCGGAAUGAUCUUUUAGUUGCUGCUGACUCAAUCACAAACACCAUGUCGUCGCUGGUUAAAGAGCUCCACUCAGUGGAUGACGCGGCGGAGGACGACGAGACCAACAUGAGGAAUGGUGGAGACAGAGGUGGGUCCAGGCACACUGAGAGUACAAAAGCACUGAGGGGGAGAGAUCCCUGCCCCGGCCUGCGAGGACAUCCGGUCAUCGACUGGGAAGACUCGGCAUCAGCAGGAAGCCCCUGGCAUUAGCACGUAGAGUAAUGCAUGCAUCUGAUCUAAAAAUGAAUUUCACUGUGUGAAAAAAAAAAGGAGAAAAAAAAAAAAGAAGUCGUCACACCUUGCGCCUAGCAAGAUGUGUCUAAUUACCAAGUGUGUAUGUUGUCCUGUAAACAAAACAAACGAAGAAACAAGACAGAAAAAAAAAACUGCUGUAAAAUUACCAGAACAAUUUCCCUCAUGAGUAGGAAGAGCGGCUUGCUGUGCUUUUUUUCUUUUUUUUCUUUUUCUCCCAUUCCAGCAGAUCGUCCUGUACAUAAACUACUGUAAACACACGGAGCCUUCUCACCGAGGAGACGUCCUGACGCCACCCGCUCUCCGUCACGGCUUUCUCUCUCUUUUUGAGUCGUUUACAUUUAUUUAUGAUGUUUGUUUCCUGUUUUUUUUUUGUGUUGUUUUUUUAGGUUUUUGCAUAAAGUUGCACUCACGUCUGGAUUUAGUUACUGUACUGUACGACGCUAUGCCGGGUCUUUGUUGGUGUGGUGAAGACGGCUGUGGCGUCAGAAGUGUCCUCCAAAUUCACGCGAGCUGUGUUUACUUGCACAGGGGAAAUUCUGGCUCUUUGGGCUUGUUACUGUGACAAGAAGCUUGAGGAGGCGCUAUUUAUUUAUGCUUAUUUUUAAUUAUUGCUGUUUUUUUAGAGUUUGCUUUACUGCCAUGAUUUAUGUGACGGAGCGAGCCUGCCAGAGGAAUAAGCAAAUGCCUGCUUGAGGUUCCUUUGCUGCUACUGUGAAACCAGGAACGUUUAUCCCCCUCAACUUUCAUCUUUUGAUAAGUGCUUUCAUUUUGGACUAAAGGAUUGACUCCCUCUUUCAGCACAGAUGGAUCUAAAGAUAUGCUGGUGAUUUUAACUCUUUAACAGAAAACAGAAAGGUUGGGGGUAAGAGCUAUAUUAAACUGAUAACGCUGACUUGUGAAGUUGACAAAAUGUACCAGCUCUGAAUGCUUGGGACUGUCAUACAUAGGUUCCUGUUUUAUUUUCUGGAAUACAUUUCUACCCUGGGAAUAUAUUGUUACCCUUCUUUAUCAGUGGAGACACAGGCUGGUGAUGGCGGCCUAGUUUUUGGAAAUGAUUCCCGUAGUUCAAAGUCACUGACUGUAAAACUACCACAGGCUCUUGUGAAACUUGUUACCUCUGAAAACCAGCUGCGAAAUGGUUAAAGUGAGAUUAGUGACCGUCGUCACGUGAGAUGAACUUCCUUCGAAACGCAGAACAAAUGACAGGAGAUUAAGGCCUGGCUGGCGAUUGUACAAAAACUAUCUCGUAAAUCUUAUGGCAAGAAAGCAAAACAAGCUAAUUUACCUCAAUUCUAAGCUCAUCGUUUCAGGGAAUAAUGCAGUGCAAAAAUUCUUUGACAUUAGGGUUGUUGUUUUUUUUUUCCCUUUCUUCUAAUACUUAAGUGUGAAGAGGCAAAUAAAACCCUCGGCCGGCGUCCAGAAUAACCUGUGCAUUUGAACACGCUGGAUGAGUCUCGGUACUACUCUGCUGCUAAUGUGCUCUCAGAGAGCAACGCUGAGGGCUGCCGCCAAAAAAACACAACAAAACAAAAGAAACACAACAACAACUCCCAGUAAAUCCCACCCGCAGGGCAUUGUGAGCUCAACACAGCACGGUGCCUCCUUCAGGGUGUGAGGUCACAGAUAACCAGGAAGUGCUUCAAAUAGCUUUAUUUAGGUGAUGAAAGUGAGCAGAAAAUGUUCAUGUGCAAUGACUGUAAAUGUCCUCAGGGACUGCAGAGCUAACGAUUUGCUGUCCAAGUCCAGAAAUGUGAGAAAUCCUGGGAGGUCGCGCUUCGUCAAUAAGCGAAUUGGACUUGCUCCGGAUCACAUUUGUACGAUUUUAUCAGGACUUCCCAAAGCGCAUCUUAAGAGGAGCGUUGAUCUGGUUUAGGUAGAAUCUCUAUACGCCUGUGCAGAAAUCAAUCAAUCAAUCAGCAAAUAAUGAAUGAGUAAUUUGCAUUGAGUAAUUUGUGCAAUGGCCACUUUUAUUGGCACCCUUCAUGAAGACGGUAAACAGCCUAACAAUAAAAAUCACCUUUUGUUGCAGCUCUAUAAACUGUCUUUUAAAAAAUGGACAAAUCCUCUUUUCAAUUCAAGGGAUUGUUUUCCAAGUUAAGAAAUAAGUAUGUUUAAUUAAAUCACUAAUUAUCUGUACUCCUAACAAUCCCAUUAUUUAAUUAAUUAAAUUAUAUAUCCAAGACACUUAAUACACUUUUUUCUUUUAGCUGAUCAGUGUUUCGGGCUAAUUCUGCUGAUUAAUCAAUACCUUUUCUGUUUCGUUAGUUCAUAAAUAUGAUGACAGAAACUUAUUCAAAGCCACACAGGUUCUCAAACCAUUUAACCUUUAACAUGUAGGUUUUUGGUUUGAUUUCAUGCUGUGUAAUGUAGCCGUCCGUAAAAACAAAUGUGCAUUUUCUGGAUCUUAAUUCGGUUCGGUAAUCCUUAUUUAACCGAACAGCAGGAGAUUUUGCUUUUUGUUUGUUUCCAUUUCUGGUUCAUGCACUAAGCCUGUGCUAUAAGCUACACAAGAGGUUUCAGCGACCCGUUACACACUGUGUUGAGAGAAAAAACAAAAAGCGGCUCCUCUGUUGCUAUUUCCCCCCACCCUCUUUUUUCCUCUGUUUUAAUGUAUAUUGUCUUUUUUUUUUUUUCCAUGAUUCUGCUCUGCAACCUUGAUGGAGCCUGGUCGUUGUAUUGGGUUUAUCAAAAACUGCUAAUCACCUGGUACGCUAUCAUUUGAAAGCAGGGAGAGUCGUUUUAACCACUGCUGCUGUAAAACAUGUUUCGGCCCACAAAUUACAUGUGAAAAACGCCGAGAUUUGAAAAAAAAAAACAAAACAAACAAAUGUGACCCUUUCAUUCUGAUCCUGCAUUUUACUGCAACUCUUCCUCUUUCUGUUCUGUUCUUUCAGUUUGUGCCUGUCGCUGUGCUGUAAAGUGCUGUAUAAAGUAACCAUUCAGCAAACCAGAUAAUCUGUCAGCCUCUGUGUCAAGGUCUUAGUCUGUGACGUUGUAGAGGUUUUAUUUAUUUGUCAAUUGCUUUCUCGUGUUAUUUGGGGUGGGGACGGGGGGGAGGAAUCUUACGCUCAGCCUUUACAUUCGUGCCAAACCGUUUGCAGACGUCGCGUGUCAUAUAAAAACACAGGUAUAUAUCAGAGUAUAUCUGCAUUAUUAGUCUGUCGUCGACCUUAAUCUGUUCACUGAAUGCCUGGGGAUGGAAAGUCAUCUGCUGCUGAAAAAAAAAAAAAAAAAGACGCAUUUAAGAGUUCUACUAUUAUCAAAAUGGGGAAAUAUAUAUAUAUAUAUAUUCUUUAUAUAUAUAUUCCAGAGUGAUUCAUUUAUUUGAACCCGUCCUGAGGCAAUAUUGUAUGCAUCCCGCCCUGUCAGACCGAACUUGGGUUAACACAGCUGGUCACACAGAGGUGCAUACACUGGAAUCCUUUUUGGGUUUCUUUGGUUUUUCCCAGACACAAGGUGCAAAGCAGACAGCACAGCUUCCCUGAUGUUAUUUAAAUAUGUGUGUGUUCUGUACGCUUACGCUUCUUGUAUGCAUUCGUUCUCAUGUUGAUUUGACCAAACGUAGUUUUAUGUCACCAAAUCACAGUUGUUGUUUUUUUUUUGUUUGUUUUUUUUGUUUGUUUUUUUCUUUGUAAAUACAUCAAAUGUGAGAUAUAUUAAAAAGACUUAAAACAUAAA